AUGCUUGUCGUUCUGAUCGCAGACCGAACAUUUCGAAUGAUCAGAAACAAUAUGCUGCUCCCGCCGCCACUUUCGCGGUGUCUGUCUUCCCUCACCUCAUUAAUUCGGAAAUUGAACAACCGCAGGGAAUCGAGAGAGUGUGAUGGGAUGCGAAAAUCUUUAUUAAGUCGCUUGGUCGACGUCUUUCUGCGCACAUGGGAUCUAGGUUUCACUGCCUUUGGAGGGCCACCGGUGCACUUCCAGAUUCUGCAUGCCAGGUUUGUGGAAGGACAGGGCGGCAAGGAAAAAUGGGUUGAUGAGCAGACGUAUCAAGAACUCUUUGCUAUUUGUCAGGGUCUACCGGGUCCCGGUAGCACGAAGAUGAUUUUCUGUCUGGCCCUUCUACACGCAGGAUUCAUACCCGCUAUGCUUGUGUUUUUCAUUUGGAGUCUUCCCGGCGCAAUUGGUAUGUAUGCGCUCUCGCUCGGUGUCCAGAACAUCAGUGAAACGCUUCCCGAAGCGGCGUACUCCCUACUCUCUGGCCUUAAUGCUGCCACAGUAGGAAUCGUUGCUCUUGCGGCUGUACAGCUGGCCGAGAAGGCUAUUCGCGAUCAACUAUCCCGAAUUCUUGUGAUCUUUGGCGCAUGUGCUGGUCUCUGUUACAAUGCACUGUGGUAUUUCCCUGUUCUGAUGAUCAUGGGCGGUUUUCUCACAGCCUUAUGGGAUGGAUGGCUAUAUCAGCAAAUCGGGAGAGCAAAGAUUGCUUGGAAGAAUAGACAUGUUCAUCCACAGGGGCCAGAACUGACAAAUAGCAAUCCCACAGAUGUGGAGUCUGUACCCCUCGAGGAAACCAGAGUGCAAAGAAGUGAGACAACGCGAUCGAGGAAGACAGAUCCUGGAAAUGGAGGACUGCCACAAACCUCAGUUGAAGCUACAAGGCCAACACAAUCCAAUGAAAAUCCUUCGCAACAGCACAUUAUUCGGAUCAGGGUUGGCCUUGUGAUCAUGGGUCUUUUCUUUGCUUCCUUCAUCGGGAUCCUUGUUGCCCGAGACCAGCUUGCCAACCCGCCGCUGACAAUGGACCUCUUUGCCAAUAUGUACCUCGCUGGCACUGUUAUCUUCGGUGGAGGCCCUGUUGUCAUUCCCCUUUUGCGCUCUUACGUCGUCGAUCCUGGAUGGGUCUCCAGUAGAGACUUCCUGAUUGGCCUAGCCAUCAUCCAAGCCUUCCCCGGUCCUAACUUCAACUUCGCUGUCUUCUUGGGGGCGCUGGCACUACAAAAUUCACGCUUUCCAACCAUCCUGGGUGCGAUCCUCGGUGGUUUAGGAAUAUUUUUCCCGGGCAUCACGCUUGCCGUUGCAAUCCAGAGCUUCUGGCGAGUAUUGCGGAGGAGGAAAUACGUGAUCGACUUUCUAAGAGGAGUGAAUGCCACUGCAGUUGGGUUGGUCUUUACAGCUGUGUACCGGUUGUGGGAAAUUGGAUACCUGACCCCUGAAAGGAGCGAUGGACAGAGUCUCGCAAAGGAACCGUGGUGGGUGGUUGUUGCAGCAGUGACAUAUUCAGGGAGUGCAUGGUUCAAAGUGCCUCCCGCCAUUGCAAUUAUAAUGGGGGCUGUUUUGGGCUUAUGCUGGUUUGGAGUUGUGGGGCGGUAA